UCCGCCGUUGACAGAAAAGUCCAGCAAAGUUCAUUUCAAACCGGCGAAAAUGGCGUCUUUACACGUGUACCUCUGCACUAUACUUGUUUUAUUUCUAUCUUUUCAGGUCCUAGCAGGGAGGGAUUUUUAUGCUAUUCUAGGCGUCCCUCGCGAUGCUAGCACGAAUCAAAUCAAGAGAGCGUACAGAAAACUCGCAAUGAAAUGGCAUCCCGAUAAAAAUAAAGAAGACCCUUCUGCACAGGACAAAUUCCAGGAUAUAGGGUCAGCAUAUGAGGUAUUAAGUGAUAAAGAGAAAAGAAAAAUAUAUGAUUCACGAGGAGAAGAAGGAUUAUCACAGUCUGGUAUGGGUCAUGGGGAAGAUCCUUUCUCUAGCUUCUUUGGUGGUUUUGGCUUUCAUUUUGAAGGUGCAGAACACUCACAUCGAAAGGAGAUCCCACAUGGUUCAACAUUGAUAGUUGAUCUGGAGGUUACUCUAGAAGAGCUAUAUAAUGGCAACUUCAUAGAGGUAUUGAGAUGUAAGCCAGUAACCAAGACAGUUCCUGGUACAAGAAGGUGUAAUUGCCGUCAAGAAAUGAGGACAACUCAGUUAGGUCCAGGACGCUUUCAGAUGUCACCAGAAGAGGUCUGUGAUGAAUGCCCAGCAGUUACGUAUGUUAGCACGGAGAAGCUAUUAGAGGUUGAAGUAGAACCAGGAAUGAAAAAUGAACAAGAAUAUCCCUUUGUUUCUGAGGGUGAACCACAUAUUGAUGGAGAGCCUGGUGAUCUCAAGUUCAAAAUCAUAGAACUCAGACACAAGAGAUUCCAGAGGAGGGGCAAUGAUCUCUUUACCAAUGUAACAAUUUCUCUUCAUGAUGCAUUAGUUGGAUUUAAAAUGGAAAUACCACAUCUAGAUAAACAUAAGGUUCACAUCACAAGAGAAAAGUUCACAUGGCCUGGUGCAAGAAUAAAGAAGAAAGGAGAAGGAAUGCCUAGCUAUGAAAAUAAUCAUGAAAAAGGAGACUUACAUAUAACAUUUGAUGUAGAAUUUCCAAGAGGAGUACUAACAGCCGCGGAAAAGGAUGAUAUCAAGAGGAUCCUCAAGCAGUCAUCCUUCCAGAAAGUCUAUAAUGGUCUAUAGUUAGUAUUACUAGGAAUAUCAUUUUCAAAUUUCAAAAUGGACAGGACUGAGUGAGGUAGCUGUUGUCAAGAUUGUUAUCAUUUUUACACAUUUUUACAAGAUGGAUACAAAGAACCUUUUAAAAAUCAUAAAUGAAGUUACGUGGCUUAAAUAAUGGCUGGUCAAUAGACAAUAAUAUUUCCUGCCACAAUUGGUACUUGUCUGGCGUCUCAGGCAUUUGGCUCCUGACUGGUCACAAGUUGAUCAGUUUGAUGUGCCUGGCAUGGAGCAGCCAUUGUACUUUGAGUUUGUAUCCAGCYGAGCAGUGAAUGCGAUGCGCAAUAUAUGAGUGGACAAAUUGACCUGCCCUAAGCAUUUUUGGAGCUUGAAGAAGCAAACGUUGGCAGUUACGUGAAUUUAUUUUAUUCCUCCUUUCCAUAUUUCUGCUUCUUGUAAGCUUAAAAUUUAUAUUUUAGUCAGUCAAAAGAAAACAGAAAAAUAUAGCAUGACAUGACAUAUAAAGAAGCAUGGGAAUGAGGACUGGUGGCAAAACAGCUAAACACACUCUGAUUGGCUGAAACAAAAUUCACUGCUCAGCUGGAUGUGUGUUAUGUUGAAUCAUUGACAAUGCCAGGUCAUCAAAAUGUCUGGAUAUCACAGUUCAAUUCAAAAAAUAAUAUUAACGUAUGUCAUCAUUUUUUUCAACAACACAGCAAUGYUAGGAAGCUAUGAAAAUUUAACAUCAUAUUGCUCUCAAACUUUCAACAGUCAUUUGUAACUUCAGAACAUCAAUAGACCCUUUUCGAGUUCCAAAUUACCGCUGUGUUUCUUGAUUACAGACUCAUUUACACAGGCUAAGCCUCGAUUUUGUGAUGAAUAUUCACAUUUUCAAGUCAAGGUCCGUCAAGUUUCAAAGUGUUCGUAUUGUUGAACUUGUGCAUUCUUUACUUUACCGUUGGUAUUUGCGAGUAAUUAGACACUGAUUCGAGGCUARCCCUGUGCAAAUGAGUCUGUAAUCAAGGAACACAGAGGUAAUUUGGAACUAGAAUAGGGUCUAUUCCACCUACUUGGUAAUUCAAAAUUAUUUACUAUCUUAAAUUUAUAAUUGAAAAUUUGUAAAAAAUUCCAAGUUUUCAUAUCAUUAAUUAUGAACUUCUUCAAAUUCCAACAACUUCAUCACCAUUAAAAAGUGCAGCUACAGACAUGUACAUAAAAGGGAAUAAAUGGCUUUGGUUUCUUCUUGUACUGUAUUAUGAGAUUAAAAUUGACCCAACAUAAAAGGUCUAGUACUGUUAAUCUCAUAAAAACUUUAAAAGGAUUAUUUCAACAGUCUUCAAGUUCUUUAUUUACUGACAUAUUUCUUACGUAUGCCAUUGGUACUCGGCACCUUGGUUGAGAAGUUGUGAAGUAGAAAAUUGAAAUAAUAAAAAGAAAUUCAAACCAG